UUUCGAUAAUAUGAUGCAUCGAGGACAUUUGGUAUAAAUCAGUUUUUGAGCGAAACCUUGUAACCCUCAACGAGGCCUGCUGGUGACUUGCAUACAAUAUCAUAUUCUCUUUAUGAGCAGAGAGUGAGAUGUGAAAAAAACAAAAACAAGCAAAAAUGGCAGACACCAAGUUUUUUGUUUGCAAGUGUUUUUAUACACACAACUAUUUCCUGAAGGAGUACAACAUGCAUGUUGUUUUUGAGAAUGAAGUCCAGUUUUUAACUGAUUAUAAGAUGAAACUGAUUCAAAGAGGAUGCAAUACUAAAGUAAAGAUGGAUCAUGUUUUGAAUCAGCUUUUAUUAGAGCGAGCGAGAAGGAGGAAUCUUGGCAGUGAUUAUUUGAUGAGGAGAGAGACAAUUCAGAAUCAGUACCAUCCUCUUCAUCCAGAAAUCUAUGCUUUAAAGGAGAGCUACUUUGCUCGAGAGUUUAUGGAGUUAAUUGAACUUUGUUCACGAUACGAUGUCACAGCUGAUCAGGUGCUAGAUGUCAUCAAUUCUACGGGAGCUGAGUGUGUGUACUCAUUUCCUGUUUUCACAGAAGAAUUCUGUCAGCUUUUUAUGGAAGAACUUGAACACUUUGAAAAGAGUGACUGUCCCAAGGGGAGGCCAAAUACAAUGAACAAAUAUGGGAUACUAUUAAAUGAACUUGGAUUUGAUGAAGAAUUUCUGAACCCAUUAAGACAGAAGUAUUUACAAAAAAUUGCUUCAAUUCUUUUCCCUGACUGGGGCGUGGCUCAGCUCGACUCUCACAAAGCCUUUAUUGUACAGUACAAAAUGGGAGAGGAUCUCGACCUCAAUUAUCACUAUGACAACGCUGAAGUGACGUUAAAUGUGUCGCUUGGUAAGACGUACACGGGAGGCUCACUGUACUUUGGCAACCUGAGGACUGUCCCACUGGAAGACACAGAUGUUCCUGAGUAUGAACAUAAGGCUGGGAUUGGAAUUGUUCAUCGCGGUCAGCACUACCAUGGAGCACUUCCAAUUCACACAGGUGAACGGUACAAUCUCAUUGUCUGGAUGAGGUCAUCCAAGAUCAGGAACAGUUUAUGUCCAAUGUGUGAUCGGGAGCCUGAACUGGUGGAGACGAUCGGUUAUGGGGAUGGAUUUACUCAGCCUACUGUCAACUUGUGCUCUCUCAUUUAAAUAGCAGGAUGGUGAUCAUCAAAUAAAGAAAACAAUGACACUCUAACUUUGUCUUUAAUACCAAAGUUAAUGGCACAUAUCAUCGUACAUAGCUCUACAUAUUGUGUUCACAAUAGGUGCUUCAAAAUGUGUGCGUGUGACAUUUGACCUUUCAUUGAUGACAUUGAAAUGUUUAUGGCUGUAUGAAUUUUGAUGAUGAACAAUUUCACAGGAUAUUUGAUUUUAGGUUAUUGAGUAAAAAUUGUACAUGUAAAUUAAAGUGUGUACAUUGUAUUUUCAGGCAUCUGGUGCUUAUUAAUUUACAAAAAAAAAACAAUGGUCUUGUUAUAAUCACAGAUUAUUUGUCAAAAUAACAAAAUAUUGACAAAUCAAAGUGUCAUGUUGUUAUUAAUGAUAGAAAUAUUGAUGUGGUUUUGUCUAUUAAAGUGAUAACUAGUA